AUGGAUCCCAAAUCACUGUGCGGGCUAGAACUUUACAACAGUGUCCUCAUGCACUACGUUAAAGCUUCCUCCGCUUACUUAGGCAAGCAAGAAUACGUCGUAGAUUUCGACAUCACCUGUUACAAGAGCAAAGACCCUAUGGCUCCUAAGUUUUACCAGGACGUGUUGGAAAAGAUCGAGCAAAUGGCUUUGUUCAAAUAUGAUGCGUUGCCGCAUUGGGGGAAGAACCAGAACUUGGUGUUCGAUGGGGUUAUCAAAAGAUACAAAAAUGGUGGAGAGUUCUUGAAGGUUAAAAAUACGAACAGACCAUUGAGAUUGUUUUCAAGUGAGUGGACUAACCAGGUUCUUGGGCAAAGAAAUGGGUUCACCAUAUUGAAAAAAUAG